AUGUGUAGACAAUGCGAAUUUAACACGAAAGUACGUAUAGCUAACACAACACGCACCCUACUGAUCUACGUUACGCCCAAGCGACAGAAGCCAAAUAAGGCCAAUGACGCCCUCGCCGGAACAUCCAGCAAUGUGCCGUCUGCGCCCGCAAUCCCAGAUCAAGCUCAGAGAGCGCAGACAGAAAAGUCCGGAAAGAUAACCUUGCUACUACUGUCUGCUCCAAGUGCCAUGAGGCCUGAACCUAAUCUGUGCUUGCAGGGUACGGAACUGGCUGAUCCAGCGCCCUACGACAACAUCUGCAUCAACCGCCCCUUUUUCGACGUCGAUGGCGAGAACUGGCGCCAGUGGAAGGAAGGAAAGGGCGAGCGUCUAGACAAGGAAGAAAUGGCUGAGAAGUUGUUGAUUCCAAUCUUCAACAAGGAAGAGGAAGCUGGCAUCUGGAGAGCUCCAGCGGCAAAGCACCCUGAUCACAAGUGGAUCAUCAUGUCAAGUGCAUUCUUGAAGUAUGACUUACUGUGUUGCAAGGCCAAGAGAUUAUCGAGAACCAGCUUCUUGAUUUCGACAAAGCGUGUCGCGAAAAAGGCGAAAAUAGGCUUAAUGAUAUGUGGGCUGUUAUUAGCGCGAUGGGCUUGUGGUUCAACACGUCUGUAA